AUGUCUUCAGCCACAACUUCAUCAUACUCGUCGAGUUUCAACGACGCAUCAACCACCAAAGUUGAGAAAAAGGGCAAUGUCGCUAGUUUCAAAACAACGCCCAAUGGUUAUAAGACCAACUUGACCGCCAUUGAUACUUAUGGUAAUACUUUCAAAGUCCCAGAUUACUCAAUCAAGGACAUUUUGUCAGCUAUUCCAUCCCAUUGUUAUGAACGUAGAUUAUUAGAAUCUUUUUACUACGUCUUCAGAGACAUUUUCAUGAUGGUAACAUUGGGUUAUAUUGCCAACAACUACAUUGAAUUGCUUCCUAACCAAUUUGUUAGAUUUGCCGCUUGGGCAGGUUAUGUUUGGUGUCAAGGUUUAAUUGCCACUGGUAUUUGGGUUCUUGCCCAUGAAUGUGGUCAUCAAGCCUUUAGUGAUUAUGGUUGGGUUAAUGACUUGACUGGUUGGGUAUUGCAUUCAUACUUGUUAGUUCCUUAUUUCUCAUGGAAGUUUAGUCACAGUAAGCAUCACAAAGCCACUGGUCAUUUGACUAGAGAUAUGGUUUUUAUUCCAAAGACCAAGGAGCAAUUUUUGCAAAGUCGCGGUGUUGAAGAUUUGGAUGAUUUAUUGGGUGAUUCACCAAUGUUUUCUUUGUUGCAAAUGGUUUUCCAACAAACUUUUGGAUGGAUUGCCUACCUUUUUGCCAAUGUUAGUGGACCAAAAUUCCCAGGUGCUUCAUGGAUGCAAGUCAACCAUUUCAACCCAAGCUCAUUACUUUUCGAUAAAAAGGAUUACUACUAUAUUUUGUUGUCAGAUGUUGGUAUUUUGAUUCAAUGUACUAUUCUUUACACUUGGUACAAGAAUUUUGGUGGUUUCAACUUUUUGGUCAAUUAUUUCCUUCCAUAUCUUUUUGUCAACCACUGGUUAGUGUUUAUUACUUAUUUGCAACAUUCAGACCCACAAAUGCCACACUAUGAAGCCCAUCAAUGGACUUUUGCUCGUGGUGCUGCCGCCACAAUUGAUCGUGAGUUUGGUUUUGUUGGUAAACACAUUUUCCAUGAUAUUAUUGAAACUCACGUUUUGCAUCAUUAUGUUUCUAGAAUUCCAUUCUACAAUGCUAGAGAGGCUAGUGAAGCUAUCAAGAAAGUAAUGGGUAUUCACUACCAACACUCAAAUGAAAACAUGUGGAAGAGUUUAUGGAAAUCUGCUAGAUGGUGUCAAUACGUUGAUGGUAAAGACGGGGUCAUGAUGUACAGGAAUAUCAAUGGGCUCGGCGUCGACCCAAAGAAAGAGAAAUAA